CAAUGGGAGCGGCGGUUGUUAGCGGGCGGGGAGGUGGCGGCGUUGCCACAGCAGCGGCGGGACUAGAGCUGUUGGUCAGGGUGCAGCAUGGAGGGGUUGGAAGAUGAGGUUACAGUGCAAACUGGAGAUCUGCUGCCAUGUAGGAUUUGUGGAAGGACUUUCUUUCCAGCAGCACUGAAAAAGCACGGACCCAUUUGCCAGAAAACUUCUGCCAAGAAAAGGAAGACAUUUGAUUCCAGCCGACAGAGAGCAGAAGGAACUGACAUUCCCACAGUAAAACCUCUGAAGCCACGGCCAGAGCCACCCAAAAAACCUUCCAACUGGAGACGAAAGCAUGAGGAAUUUAUAGCUACUAUACGAGCAGCCAAAGGACUUAAUCUCAAAGAUGGUGGAAAACUGCCUCCACCACCUCCACCAUCAUAUGACCCUGAUUACAUUCAAUGUCCAUAUUGUCAGAGGAGAUUUAAUGAAAAUGCAGCUGACAGACACAUCAAUUUCUGUAAGGAACAAGCAGCACGUAUUACUAAUAAGGGGAAAUUGGCAGCUGAUACCAAAGGGAAGCUUCCUACUCGAACACAGUACAAACCACCUGCAGUUAAGAAGAUGCCUUCUGUAGGAUCAACACCACCAUCAUCACGCUUACCACAGCCAAGCAGUGUUAGCAAAACUGUUGUAGCCCCAUCUUCAUGUGGAUCCAGUGGGAGCAAAGUUCAGACAUUGUCACCAGUUCAUAAAAACUCAUUUGGAAUGGUGAACUCACAAGCAGGUAGUAAGAUGGACAAGUUAGGCCUACCACUGCGAACUGGAAGAGAUGUGCAAAGGUUUUAUGACACUGAUACAAAAACAGACAGUACCAUCAAAAGACCAAAUGAGUUGUUGCCUAUAAAGAAAGGUGCAACAAAGCCACGGACAUCAACCCCCCCUAGUGUAGCAAGAACCAUGAGCACAGGUGCUCUAACAAACAAAAGAAAAACUAGCAAUUCCGACAGUUACUCAAGGUCUGACAGUAAAAUUGGAUAUGACAGUGGAGACUGCACAUCCUCAGUCAAUGGAAGUUCAAAAAGCAGCGAAGGAAAUUCACCUGUACAUUUAUCUAAGUUCUGCCAUGAAUGUGGAACAAGGUAUCCGGUGGAAUGGGCAAAGUUUUGCUGUGAAUGUGGAAUUCGAAGAAUGGUUGUGUGAACACAUUCUUAAACGCAAAAAAGAAAAAUGAGAAAUGGGAAGCAUCUGCUAUAUAUGGCUGCAUGGAAAACUAGAGCACUCCUUCCAAUUAGACUUCAUGCUGCAAACAUAUUAAAACAUCAUAGUGUAAUUUUCUGAGUGCAAUCUUCUGGUUACACAGUUAUUUAUAAAGAAAUAUAUAUAUACACUGUAUAUAAAAAUAGCAGGUACCUAAAACUUCGCCAUUAAAGGAAAUACUCUUUAAUCUCUGGAAAUAUUAAAAAUUAAAGUAAAAAUGUGUUAAGUACCUUAGGUAGCAGAAGUGGUUCAGUGUUAUUUUUCUUGUAAAUCCUACUAGGUAAGUGAUGUAAAUAAUUCUUUACCUAGUAGGAUAAUACUUAUCCAUAGAGAACUAGCCAUAGAAAAACUUGGGAUUCGGAAGUUUCUCUGUGGAAAUAUUACCUUCACAUGUGACAGUAACCUAGAUGCUAUGCUAAGUGACAACAAUAUGGGCAACUCCUUAUAAAUUCCUAGCUAAAAGGGCAAGUCUGGAUCCCUUUAAACUCUUUUUAAUAGUAAUAUUCUAAUUGGUUGUCCUAGGAUUUUUUUAAAUAAUCAAAAUGGAAUAACUACCUGAGAAUUUUGUCCACAUGUAAGAAAAACAAGAUUUUUGUUUGUGGCUUUUCAUGUUCUAUUUCCUAAUCAGAACAUGUAAAUACUUUCAUGUGCUUAUAAGGAAACAUAUGGUAUCAUCUUUUUAUUAAGUUCCUUUUGUUCAGAAAUAUUUGUCUUCCUCUUCUUGUGCUCCACCAUGACUAGCAUAUCUAGAAGUUUUGUGCUUUUUUGCCUUUAAAGGUUUCCAAAGGUAUUGCUCCUUUUUUCUCUUCCCUCAUUUCCUGAAGGAAAGACAAAGUCUAUGCUUGUCCUACCUAAAUGAUGAAGUCUUAUUUUGGAAACAAGCUUUCUUGAUGUAUCCAAUACAGUAAAAAGAGUUCUAUAAAAAAAUUGUAUUAUUAGAGCAGUAGAACUUGAUGCAAGCAGUGACUGGCUUUUAUUCCUAUUCCUGUGCAAGAAACACAGCUUACAUACGAGCACAUGAUGGAGAAACUGUGUUACAUAGGUUGAUGUGUUAAUACUUUACGUGGAUUUUUUGCUAUUUUCUGUGUUCCUGGGCUCUGAAGUGCAGUCUCUUGAAGUUAGUAAUGGACUUUACAUAAAUUCAUUGGGAGGAAAGGUCAGGCCCUGAAAGUUCUUCUUGUUGUUCUUACAAAUUAAACCGAAUAUUAAAAUUGUUCAAGCCACAGCACAUAACUUGUAUCUUAAUGUAGGAAACUGUUUUGUGAAGUUUUGCUUCAAAGUACUAGUACCAUCUUAGUCAUGUGUGGAGGAACAAUCUGAAAGAAUUUAAUUGUGCCUUUCCCACAAUAAAUACACUCAGAAAUGGUUACUUUCAGCUCUCAAACACUGUUGGUAUCUGUUCGUAUAAUUUCUUUGUAGCUUAUGCAAAAUAUAACGUAGUGUUCCAUGACAGCAUUAGGAUCAUUGUUUGAAUUCUCAAAACUUGUGGUUACUAUCAAUGGGGCCAAUUUUGAAGAAAGCAAGAUUGAAGAAAAGCAUCUUCAAAGCAGGUUCCUGUCUUGGAAGAUGAGAGAUUUAAGAGCCUUGACUAGUCAUGUUGCAGGCCACAAAUUAUUGAUUGUUUAUUGUUAGUUCAAAGGUGUGGAAUUCUCUUACACUUUUUAUACAAAAUUGUUUUUAGAAAUUAUCCUUCAUUAGUGUAGUCUUGUUUUAUUAUAAUUUUCAUUAACUGAGCAUGGUAGGUGGAUGACUGGUAAUGAUACUUAGAACUGACAAAUCACAGCUAAAUGAUGCUCUAGGUAGUUUAGGUUUUAGGAUCAAUAUUUUGGCAUAUGCAUAUCUGUACUUGGAAAAAAUGGAAUCCUGCAUCCUUUGCGUAAGUAAGCCUGCUUUAGAAAAUUGGGCCAUGGAGUUCUGCAGAAUGAAUUACUGCAAAACAAGUGUCCAUCAACAAAGAUAAAAUCCAGAAUAAUUUGGAUCAGUUAGUGAAUCUACUGAGAAACCAAAUCCCUUAUCUGACUUGAUGAACUUCCAGUUCUUGUUUCUACUGGAAAAUGCAUUUUACUAUUUAUUGAAAAUGCUUUCUAAGAAGGGAGAGUUUACUAAGAAAUAAAUACCUUUUAGGUUUUCCAGGAUUGCUGUAACUGUAGAAAAAACAUUGAUGGUUUGUCCUGUGAAUUGUAGGUGUCAGGUUUCCUAGUUUCAAAUCAAUCCAAAGACAGUUACCAUAAUUUCUGCUUUCUGAGCUGUUUCUGUAAGUCUCUGCUUCUGGUGUAGCAUUUAGUAAAUUCCUCCAGCGACAUAUCACUUACUUUAUUUACAUUUCUAUGGUUUAUAGCAAGGACUAGACAGGAGAUUAACCUGAAUUGAAAGGAUUUUAAGAUUUCCUGAACUUUUAAUUUGUUCUUACAAAAAGGUCUAGUGUAACGUAAAUAACUGUUGAUAGUAACAUUGCAUAAUGUGUGUGUUUGAACCUACAAUAAAUACAAGCAAAGAAAAUACGAUACGACUAUGCAGUUUACUGAUGUACAGUGAAACUAUAAGAAGCCUUGUAUUUUUCCACGUUAGCAACUGGUUUUGUUACUGAAUUACAUAGGUUUCUGAAGUCUCUGGUACUACAGACCAUAGACUGUAUUACACAAGGUAUCAGCACACGUUGUUGUAGUUCCAUCUCAAUGUGUCAUGAAAUAAGUGGUUUAGGGUUACUCAAUGAAUCACCAUCAAAACUAUUGUGAAGAGUAGCUUUAAUAUGAAUUUAUUAGAGUGUGACUUAACAAAAUUUGAUGGUAAGGUUCACUCCAUUACUUACUACAUGGAUAAAACAUACCAAGGAAUAUCAAGGUAAAAUCAAGUUAUAAGUAUUAAUGCAGAGACCAAAGGCACAAAAGGGUAAGAUUGAGUCAAAAGGUUCAGAGUGGAUCCCCUUGCUUUGUAAACUGGUGUUGCUUAGGUGUAAUUAAAUCUGGGCUUCAUCACAGACUUGGUCAAUGAUUUGUAUCUGAAGGGUUACAUGUGUGUCAGUUCACCACAGAUGGGAUUUUUACACAGCUUUUACUGAGCAGCACUUCAUGGUUUUAACAUUUUGCGCUGUGAGGCAGUAGGAUUCAAGUAAAGUGUUUAUUACACUUGAUAUGUGGUGUCUCAGUCAAUUUACAUGCAUAUACAGUGACAUAUAAAGGUACCCAUUAAAAAUUCCCCUGAAGUUCAGUGAAAUAUGUCUCUGCAUUUCUGAAUGGCAGAGGGUUGAGCCUUGAGGACUGGGGAGUCUUCAGCCAGCUCCCAUUUGUUGCUGUCUGUGGUGGUCUUCUAGUUAUCACAAACUUGGGCAUGAGCUCUGAGGGGCAUCCCAUUCAGAGAGAGAUGCUGGUAGCAGCCCACUGCAGUCCAGGAGUGUUCAAAGGGCCUCACUUUGGACCACUGUUUAUAGAGUCAUGAAAUGAUUGGCUUUAGUCAUGAGUAAAUUUCCAUCUUGGCCACAAUCUGAGUUGGUAACUGCUAGAAUUUUUUCGGCACUCCAAUAGCAAUGGUACCUGUUUCACUCAGGCUAUGAUCGAGGGAAGGAAUAUUCCAAGGCUAUUGGGAGAUGACUGAUUAUCUCUGCCAUUUCCUUUCCACCUUGGCCAGGGAACAGGAGUUCCUGAUAGGGCCAGUGCCUCCCUUGCAAAAGUGCCUGAUACUGGUGCUUGAGUGCCCAACCUGUUAUAGGAAGGCCAAGUCUUGAUGGGAAUUCCUGAAAUCAUAGAGGAGCCCAGUUGGGAGAAAUGCACUACCACACCAUGGAAUGUUUGUUAGGAAAUAAUAGAUUUCAUAUGUUUUCAUAAUGCCACUGCAGAACUGAAUAUGGGGAACAAAUUUGUUAUAUAGAGGAAAAGAUAAUCUGUUAAGGGAGAUGGACUCUGAAUUUUGAAUUUUUAGGUACAUUAAUGACCUAAAACUAAACCUGUUUCCCUAGCCCUCCUUCUGCUUUUAUACCUUGAUUUUUAUGGCAGGAGAAAGCAGGUAUACUAAAAGUGGAGUGUUCCAAAAUGUCUCAAGAGUCAAAAUGUUGCUAAUUGCAAAGAUAAAACUGGUAGACAAACUAUGCACCACUGAUGCACUUCAUUGAUGAGUCUAAGUUUAGCUAGUGUCAUUCUCUGGAUGCCUUGCUGACAGAUACUUACCUUAAAAGCCCAAGUUCCUUAGAGUUCAUGUGUAAAAAGAGGGUGAUGCGAUUACUUAAUUUAGCAUCUGUAUUUACAGUUCUGUGUGUGUGUGAGCAAGCAUGUGUUUUGUGAGAACUAGUAAGUUGAACAAAUGUAAAAAGUUGCUUCACUAAAGCAGAGUUUAUACAAAACAGGAGUAAGUGCUACUGGAGGAUUAGGAAGCCUCAGGCAGUAGGCUAAUGUAGUUACUGUCCAUUUAUAGUGACAUUUAUUGAUGUGACUGUUCUAAUGAUUUCUGUACUAGUGUCUGACCCUAUGACAGACUUACUGUCUGACACUGUACGUUCCUAAUGUGCUUACUAAGGUUAUUCCAUUCAACUAAGAAUAGAAAAAGAAAAAAUGUCAAAGGUAAAAUCCAUAUAAAGGAACAAGGAGGAGGCUUGUUUGGGAGUCUGACCUGAAGGUGUUUGCAUUCCCAUUCUGCUUUUGUGAUGUCUGUCGUACAAGGGAUAUAUCUGUGCCUGAAUGAGUGCAGGAUCAUUUGAACUGGUGUAAAUGCAAUGGAGUUAUGCAAAAUACCAGCUUCAACAGUAAAAACAACAUAGCUUAAGGUUUAAUCUUUAUAUGAUGUAUCUUAACACAGGUUUAUAUUUAUGCAUGAUACUCGCUACCUAGGUAGUUUCAGAACUGGAAUCUCUAAAUAUACAGCAAAUUAAGCGUAUGGUUAUGUGGAUAGUUAUGCCCUCAGUCUUACACACCGCCACAGGGAAGUGGGCAUGGGGAAGCACUUCCCCAUUUCAGCUGAUACCUACAAAAUGAACGUUUAGGCAGUUUGGAGGCUUGAGAAGUUGUUGGAGGGUGGGGGAAGUGGGGAGCUCUCCAUGGUGCUGGUGUUGCUCAGCCUCUUGCAGCUCCAGCUCUUCCCUGGGCUUGCAGGUAUCAGGGUUCAUGGGCUGAUGGUUCUCAAAUGGAUUCCAAGAGCUGAGCAAGUCAUUGAGCUUGUGCCUCACCAUUGCAGCUGAGAGAGUUAGUGCCUGAAAUGCAGCGUGCAAAGAGGACAGUUUUGUGAUGCAUACUGAACAAGUCAGUGGAAGGAGGUGUGGCUGCAGUAGUUUAAAUGCUAAUAAAGCAUGUAGCAGUGCACACUGCUGUAGGCUAUGUAAUUAGUCUGAGUAUAAAACGAAGUGGUAUUGUCUAUGUAUCACAAAAGGAACAAACUUGUUACAAGUUUUCUUUUAAUAUUGACUGACAAAUCUGUGUUUUGUAAGAGCACUUUUUGCAAUGUUAAGUCUUUCCAGUUUGACUAAGCUAAGAAUAAUUACAUGCGUAGUAUGACAGGGUAAACAGGUGAACAGGUUUUGGUGACUCUGGUGAAAAUAGUUUUAUUGCCUUUCAAGUACAGCUCAUUCCAACUUCUGAUGAUUUGGGGUUUUUGUUUGGUAUUUUCCAGCUCUCUGGUAAGGUUUGAGUUACCUAAUUAUGUUGUUGAAGAAGUGUUUGGUUGAUAUUUUCUUCCCAGUGUUCACAGUAUAAGUGAUUACUCUUUCAUACUAGCUCAGUGAAGUGGGUUUUUUUUGUUACAUCAUUCCAGAAUUCAAAUUUCUGGAGAAUCCUACUUAACCCCAUUCUAUUCCAUCUUGCCAGAAAAGAGCAUAUUCAUACUUUCUCUUAAUUAGUGUUUCUUCUUUACAAAAAUAAUCAAUGGAAAAAAAUUGCAUUUCUCCAAUGUGAACAUUAACUUUUGAGUCAGCAAAUCAAGUAUUCAGUUUAAUAUAACUGAAUAUUGAAUUGAAGUUGGAAAUGGUAGUGCAUGGUUUACCAUAGUUCUGUAUUUGGAUUUCUGGCAGAAGUGUGAAUGGAUUUGGGUCUGAUAUGUAAAGUGUUGAGUAUUCUAAGCCCGUUACAAAUACCUAUGUUGUACGAUUGCUGUAACUCUUGGUGUUCAUCCUUUAUAUGAUACUUAGUAUGUAUAUUCAUAAGUUUAUUUAUUGAUGUUCCAUGUUUAUAAAUGAAGUGUUCAUUCAUGUGUUUGAGGUGAUUAAUUUUGUUAACAUUAUGUUUAUGUUUGCCUUGCCCCUCAUACAUUGUUUAUGACCAUCCAAUGGGUUUGGGGUUUGUUUUGGCUUUUUUUUUUUCCUCAGAAUCCCUGGGUUUGUUAGCAUCUUAUUUGGUAUAUUAUGGGUUUUUUUUAAGUGUCAGUUCUGUUUAAAUUAAUAAAUGUAAAUCACCACCUAAUGCUAAUUUGCCACUUGUUAACAAUAAAGGAAAUGUACCAAUAAAACUUUUUGUGAGGUA